GAAUUACUGGGUGGCGCCCGUGAGAGAGAAUUCUUGAGACUAGAAGGCGAAACCAAUUAUUAUCAUACUGGUUUUGGGGUGGAACAGGCCAUGAAGUUGUUUGCUAGAUGCUUACGUAAAGAAAAGGUCUGAGCUUUCCUCUUCUUCACCCCGGGAAUUCCAUUUCCAUUCUUGUUCUAGGAGGGCUUACGACCAAUGCCAGAGCAUAGGCAGCUGCGCAGUUGAAGAAACAGCGAGACAGUGAACCGCAGCUCGGGAUCUGCUGUCGUACCCAAAGAAAAAGAAGCAGAGCUCUCUCUCUCUCUUUCUCUCACUGUGCAAAAUGAUGCAUUUCUGUGUUUCUUGAUGUUCUUUCUCUGACCAGUGGUGGGUUGAGGUCCCUUUUUGGUGGCGAUGUCUUGUCUGAGAAUGGAAGCAGCUGUAAUUUCCAGAAUCUUGGGUUCUGCAGCCCCACACAAAGUUCUUUUCCACCUUAGUCUUUUUGUCUCCACCCACCUCUAGAUUCUCUCUCUCUCCAAGUCCAUUCCAGUUCCUGUUUUCUCAGCAGAUCCACCAACUUUUUCCAGUCCUCGCAACUCCCAAUCCGCAAAUACCGGGCAAAGACCCCAUUAGCAUUAGCAUCAUCGACUCUCAAAGCUUUGACUUUUGCUUCUUCACAGUGAUACCCAUCGAGCAUUGCACCCAUGAAAUGAAAUCCAACCACUUCCUCACCCUCAUUCUCGCGCUAACCGCCACCGCCCUCCUCAUCCUCCUCUCGCUCUCCGUCUACAUUUUCCACAGAGCAUCGUCGAGGCCCAGAAGCGACGCCGGCGUCGAGACCCAGAAUCCCAAACGCGAAGACGUGGGCCGCGAGCCGCCGUGCUCGCCGGAAGACCUGAUCACGUUCCAAGGGGGCGAGGACCUGACGAUAUGCGACAUCCUGGAAGCCCCGGGCGAGGUGAUCGGGAAGUCGAGCUACGGCACUCUGUACAGGGCGAUGUUGCAGAGGAGCAGCUCGGUGAAGCUGUUGAGGUUCCUGAGGCCCGUCUGCGCCGCGAGGAGCGAUGAAUUCGGCGACGCGGUUCGCUGUCUGGGGAGGGUCAGGGGCCCUAAUUUGGUGCCCCUCUUGGGGUUUUACGGAGGUCCCAGAGGCGAGAAGCUUCUCGUUCAUCCUUUCUACAGGCGCGGGAAUUUAGCAGAUUUCAUUCGAGAUACAAAUGGUGGGUCUCACAAUUGGGCAGUCAUUCACGGAAUUUCUGUUGGCUUAGCCAGAGGACUGGAUCAUCUUCAUACCGGUUUACAAAGACCCAUGAUCCACGGAAAUCUGAAGUCCAAGAACAUACUUUUAGAUCGAAACAACCAACCAUACAUCUCCGAUUAUGGCCUGCAUAUACUCCUUAAUCUAGAAACUGGUCAACAAAUGCUCGAAAUUGCAGCAGCAGAGGGAUACAAAGCUCCUGAGCUGAUCAAAAUGAGAGAUGUUAGCGAAGAAACUGAUAUAUACAGUCUUGGGGUUAUCUUUCUUGAACUCAUCACAGAGAAAAACCCGAUAAAUGAUAAAGCAUCCCCUGAUGAAGAAUCAUAUCUACCAAACUAUGUUAGAAGGGCAGUCCUUGAUCAUAGGCUCUCAGAACUAUACCAUCCAGACAUCCUCCUCAUGGACAGCUGUGGUGAAAUUAGUGCAGUUACGGAGGAACACAUUCUGAAAUUUUUUCAACUGGCUAUGGCAUGUUGUUCUCCAUCCCCUUCUUUAAGGCCAAAUACGAGGCAAGUCCUGAGGAAGCUUGAAGAAAUCGGGACGUAAGGAAGUAAUCGUUUGAAAGAAGAAGUACUGAUCACAAAAUUGUUGACGUGACAUCUGAUUUGGAGCUGGAUACGAUGGUGUUGAGAUUUCUUUUUCCUGAAUCUAGCAUGGCGUAGCAGUGGUGAGUUUGAAGACAUUGACAUUCCAACAUUUUUUAAAUGGGUAUCACCAUGACGCGAGAGUGGUGAUGAACAUUGCAGAAAUUGGAGAAGUGGCAGUUGAGUUGAGGCACGCCCGAAUUAUUUUUGUCCAGGAAAAUUCGGCGAACAAAGAUUGUCAAUAUCACUGUACCUCGGUCUGAUGUUGUGAUUGGAUGUUUAUCGUUGGGUCUUCCAGAGGUUCAUUGUGAGCUAUAACAAUUUAGUCUGUGCAAGAUUUCUGGGAUUAGUGAUUCUUCAGCUAAUCCUGUCGUGCUUUCGCGGCGGAAGAGUUUCAGUAGGAUAUUCUUUUAAUGUUGUGAUUACAGAUACAGGAUGCUCAGUUUCUAUCCAUUUGCAUUUCACUGA